AUGUGGACGGCCAUUGAACAGAGGGAUGAGGCAUCAAAAGCAGCCUAUAACAGCAAUGUCCAACUAUGGACCCUCUAUGCGAUCGGCUGUGCGGUGACGCUACUUAGAACUUAUUCACAAUGCAAGGAUCUGGGUUGGAGAAGGUUGCGCCUUGACGAUUAUCUGAUAUGGGUCGCAAUAUUAUUUUACACCGCACAAGUGGCACUGGCGUAUAGUGUCGGCAAUGUAGCCCAUGGACUCGCAAACAACAGCAUGACAGAGGCCCAGAGAGCUGCGUUGGAUCCAGGUAGCGCAGAAUAUCGAGAAAGGUCAGUCAUUCAACCCCGAUCCGGUGACUGGACAUUGACGGACGCGGCCAAUAGAAUAAUUGGCUCCAAGAUACAAAUUGCCGGCUGGGCCACAUAUACAGCGUUGAUCAACUCGCUCAAGUUGUCAAUGCUGGUCUUCUACACUCGACUGAUGGAUGGUCUCGGCCGUCGUUAUCGCGUGCCCAUCUGGAUUGGGUUCGCCCUCGUCAUCGGAAGUUUUGUCGCCUGUAUGAUCACGAUCCUUGCGGCAUGCCGGCCCUUCAACAAGAAUUGGCAAAUCUACCCUGACCCCGGUAAUUCCUGUCAACCUGCCAUUUCGAAGCCGGUGAUCGCCGCAACCUUUGCCGCAAAUCUCGCCACAGACCCAUAUUUGGUUUUGAUACCGAUCCCGAUGCUUUGGAAAUCCAGCCUCAAGCUUGUGAAAAAGAUUGCGGUGACGAUAGUACUUGGUGCGGGGAUCUUUAUUCUGGUGUGCGCGACAAUCAAGAGUGUUUUUCUGUUGGUGGAACCCAACAAUGGAGCGCCGAUAGCAGACGAAUGGGGCACACGAGAGACAUUCGUCGCCGUGAUCACCACAAAUCUCCCUAUGGUGUUCCACCUGCUACGGACCUGGCUGGCCCGGGGAUUUGGCAGCGCCUUCCAAUCGUCGCAGCGAACCUACCAGCUUCCAUCAGGGGGACUCCAGAACACCGGUGGCGGGACUACUCGGAAACGAGGCCGUGGAGGCACCAGCAGCCGGGAUCCGAUCACCGUCGGCUUGACGUUUACCGAAAGUGAAGAACGAAUGAUGCAGGACAUUAAGCUGCAGACAAUAGAGCCACAUGAAGCCCCCACAGCUGGAGCCAUCAUGGUCUCGAAUCAGAUCGAAGUCACCCAUCAGACGCGAAACAGUCAUGCCGAGGAGCCGUCUGCACCGAGAGAAAAUGCAAAUUGGUAGCAUUCGGUCCGCAGCCGAG